CAGAGAGGAAUCAAUGCCGCCAUUGAAGAACCUUGAGGUCGAGUUCCCGAUCAUCGAUGCCAAUUUCCAGCUCUUUUGCGCCUCCAAUGGCAUCUUCUCAGUGGAAGAUUUCCUUGUUCAUGAUAUCUAUGCAUUAACUGCAUUAGCUGAUCGGGAGGCAAAUUCUGAAGUUCUGAAGCAGGGAAUUGCCCAAGUCCAUUCUAUCAUAGACAAGCUGCAUCAGCCAUGGUUCAAUGGACUGGAGUUGUUUGCAGAUGUUAAUCAAAACAUACAUUUCCUGUCCACCGGUUGUGAAGGGAUUGAUAAACUUCUUGGUGGAGGAUUGCGUCAAGGGCAGUUGACUGAAAUAGUUGGUCCAUCAUCUUCUGGCAAGACACAAGUUUGCCUAUGUACUGCUUUGCAUGUUGCAGAUAAGAAUUUGGGAGCUGUCAUGUACUUGGAUACAUGCAAUUCUUUCUCUUCAAAACUAAUAGCUGACAUGAUAAGUCAAUAUUCUAACGAUUUCAUCACAGAGGGCAAAGAAAGAAGGCUUAAUAGGAUUAUGAGGAAUAUAAUAUGUAGAUCAGUUUUUGACAUCUUUGAGCUAUUGGGUGUACUGAAUGAACUUGCAUCUGCCUCAGAACACAAGGGAAAAAACCUGGGCACCGGGCUAUGUUUACUAAUUAUUGAUUCAAUAUCUUUUCUUAUAACACCUAUUCUUGGUGGGAAAGAUUCACAAGGACGGAUGUUGAUGUCAUCAUGUGGAACACUUCUAAAGAAAUUAGCUAAUGAACACAAUAUCUCUGUACUGGUGACCAAUCAUAUGGUUCGUGGUGGAGGAGAUUCUAAGCCUGCACUGGGAGAGAGCUGGAAGAGCAUUCCUCAUGUACAACUGCAACUAUCUUGUGAUCGAGUGCGCAAUAUUUGGCAAGCAACUGUACUGAAGCACACUUUUAUGGCUUCUGGUGUUCCUGUGGAAUUUGCCAUCCAUGAAUGAUGGAAAGCUUUUAACUGCUCUUCCACAAUAUUCCAGACCAAAGGUCAUCUGGAAAGCUUUGCAAGAUUGGAUCUCUUGUGAUGUGGAAUCUUAAAGCUCCUGCCAGAACUAGAGGUAACUUAAGAAUCCUUUCCUGUAGCGUGCUUUUUUAAUCCAAUGAUAGAUACUUUGUCUGCCCUUGUACUAGAAUACUGUUGGUUGGAUAUAGACUUUAGAUGCCUCAGUUUGGUUAUCUAUUAAUUAGAUUUAUAAAAUAAAUUUUACAGAGAAGAAAUUUGCAUCCUUUCUUUA